AUGAGACCCUCUGCAGUCGCCAAAACCACCACUGCCGGCGGCACCACCGCCCAACUGCACGCACACAGCCACCGCCAUGGCGGCCACGCCCACGCUCACAGCCAUGGCAGCAUUGAGAAGGGGAUUUCAGGCAAGUACUUGCGUCAGUGCCAGAUGGUCACCUUGGCAGGUGGGGCCACAAACGUGUUCUUCUGCGUUACGAAACUGUGGAUCGGCUCUGCUGGUGGCUCCGUUGCUCUCGUCGCCGACGGUUUCCAUUCCCUCACAGACAUUCUCGCAGACAUCAUCUCCUACGUCGCCAUCUCGCUUUCCCGCAAGAAGCUGCCGCGCUGCCAGUUUCCGCUAGGCAUCGGUCGCCUCGAAACCUCCGGCGCUGUCAUUGUGGCGGCAAUUCUCUUCUUCGGCGGUGUAGCUCUCCUUGUGCAGUCGCUCGAGCAGUGCUUCGGCGAUGUGGUGACCCUGCUGGAGACAGCGGCGCCGACGGGUGGCAUUGCUGCCGCCCUCGCGCUCGGCGCCCGCCGUGCGAUGGCCGCGUUGUGGGGCAACUCCACGUCGGCAGGGUCCCCACCGGGGCACACCCACGCACACGGGUCGCACAAGCACAGCCACGAGGAAAACCACGGCGGUGGGGAUCACCAAGGCCACAGUCACUUUCAGGUGAUGAUCUACGACGAGGACAUUGGAAAGGAGGUGAUUCUAUGGGCCAUGGUCGGCAUCGCUACGGCGUCAGUGGUUUGUAAAGAGCUCCUGUUCCGGUGGACACGACGCGUCGGGCUGCGCGCGGGAUCGCGGGUCGUGGUGGCCAACGCGUACCACCAUCGCGCGGAUGCGUGGAGCGGGGGGGUGGCACUGUUUGGUGUAGCUGGGCAGGUGAUGGGUCUGCCUGGCGUGGACGGACUUGCUGGUCUUGCCGUGUCGCUAUCCAUCUGCAAAAUCGGCUACGGUAUUUUCAAGGACUCCAUUCUUGAGUUUUUCGACUACCAGAAUGCCGAGGAGGUCAGUGCCAUUCGAGAGCAGCUGCAAAAGUUUAACCUCCGCAUCGUGCAUGGGGUAGAUGUGGUCCCGAACCACAAGUCCCAGAACGCGGUAAAGGCGGCGGCCUCCGGAGCAGAAGCUUCGUCAACGAACUCCCCCACCACCGCCUCGAGCUCCGAUGAGGACGACACCGUUCACCGCAAGAAGAUGCACUUCAUCAACGUGUUUCUCGUGCGUCACGGCCACCAGUACGCCGUGCACGUCACGCUGCUCGUCUACGAGAGCGUCUCUGCGCAGCAAAUCAAAGAAGCAGCCGACCUGAUCACGGCACUGGCUCGUCGCAGUCUGCCGGUUCAGGACACUUUUACGACCCUACUCGUCUGCAGCAACUACACUGAGUCACGAGAAGUAUCUCUCGGUGACUCCAAUGAUAAUGGAGCUGACGAAAAAAGCGCAGCUGCCACGUCGAGUGCCGCCACUGCGGCCAACAACCAUGGCCAUUCCCCCGCAGGGUCCAGUGGCUCGUUCUCACGAGCACACGGUGGCGAUGAUAGCGCUACCUCGACUCCGCUGAUCGCUGCCACAGGUGCCAUCAUCAACCCGUCGCUCGAGCGGUGCAUCGCGUCCCUGCAGGAGUUCCACACGUUCACGGCGCCGAUUCGCUACAGCUGGGAGGAGCGCACCAUCACUGUCCCCUCGUCGGAGUCGUGCGAGUGCGAGCGCGACAUCAGCUCCGUUGCCGAAAUGUUCAAGUGCCGCCUCAUCAGCGGCGGGACCUCUUCCGCCAAGAAGACCGCCGCAGACUCGGCGGAGGGGUGCGGCCACAGCUGCUCUCACGGCUCACACGCCGACCAUUCGCAUUAA